UUUUGUCUUUAUCCUGACAACGGAGAGCAAUCACGGCAUCAUCUACAUAAACUGAAUUUCCAUGAUACUCAUGGCAGUAAAUGCUACACCAAGGCAAACGGGAGUAGUAAAUCUAAAUCAUUUAAUAUUCUUGCUGGUAAGAUGACCUGAAAAGACACUAUUGACCCCCUUAAUGUAGAGGCUACGACUGCGGGGCUACUAUAUAAAGUUAUCAGAAAGGGGUUUAUCAUUCCGUGAACUUUAGUCUCCUAGAGCAAUGACCCCCUGCUUCAGUUGUAGUGCCCGCUUAUUUUCAAGAGAAUUCAUAUAAAACGACUUCCAUCUUUUACAGCAGAAAUGUUAAAAGCGAGGACUGUCUUAUUAUACAUACUUCUAGUGUUUGAAUUUCAGUUUGUCUUUAUGUGCGAAAGUAAUCAGACCCGACAAGGCUGCCGCAUUCAGGAGGGUACAUGCUUGUGUGGGGUCGGAUGUUACUCGGAAUACAGAUAUUCUUCAAGGGAAGAAUGUAGGAAGGCUCUGAAAGGACGUGGUGAUGACCCCUGUCAGGUGAACCCAUGCGAGAAUGGAGGUUCAUGCAGUCAAAUAUCAUUUGAGCCUGGGUAUCGCUGUCGUUGCGAAGGGACAGGUUUCUAUGGCAACCGCUGUCAAAAUGCUUGUCCAAUACCAGGAACAUCAACAGGCCGAUACUCUUUCCCACAUGAGUGUAUUGUAAUCUGAGAGUGAUUGUGGGCAAAAUCUGACAUUUCAUAGUACUGAGAAGUAUCCAAAGUGGAUAUAGUAUAUUUACAAGUUUCUGCUUAUUGCUGGAACUCUAAAUCCUGCUACACAAUGCAACAAUUGGUCAUUACACAAUAGAAAAAUUCAUGCAUGCCACAAAAACAAGGAAGGAGUAAUUGUAUUUGACAACAAACUGUGUGAUUAAUAGGCUGUCAUCUUAAAGGAUUUUAUUAGGUCCUUCAAGAUAGAGAUUAAUGUUAAACAAUAUGUGCAACAUAAAAACAUGUGCAUCCAUCUGUUGCCUUCAUAUUAUACACAGCUGUUUCUUUUGUAACUACCUACGUUCUUUAAAAAGACAUUCCAUUGACCUUACCAUCCUGUAAGACUUUUUUUUAAGUUAAAAGAAUGAUGCCUGUAACAUAAAUACAUAGUAUGUAUUCCAUAAACAUAGUAACAGUACUGUGAACUCUAAAGCAGGUAGAUUGGUGGUAUUCAGAGCAUUAUCGUGCAUAAUGAUAGUGAGGUGGUAUGGCCUGCUUUGAAUAUUCAUUAAUGUUAUAUGCAUUUAAGUGUCUGUAGGUACCAUCACUGCAAUUUUGCAUUUAUGAUGAUAUUAUUUGCACUGAAAUCAUAUCAUAUAAUUUUAAACAUACAUAAAAGUGUAUCAAACGACUGUAAAUUAAGCGAGUUUGAUAUUUUAUGUUGUUGGUUUUAUUUUAAAAUAAUAACAAAUAGAUUCUGGGAGUAAAUUUUUGCAUCAAAAUUGUAUGUCAGCACUUGGAACAUUAAAGUAUCUAAUAAAUAAAGUGGAGCUCUCUCAUUACCCUCUAUUUUUACAGAACGUACAAAGCCAUAUUUGAAAAACACAUACAUGAAAAGAAAAUGAAUAUGUAUGAACUAGCACAUAAAACAGCAGCAUAUUCCUUACUUAGUAAAGAAAUGUGUUGCAAACAGGAGAUCUGUAUUCCUCAAAUAAGUUUGAAUUUUUUAAAUAUUUUUUGUGUCUGUUGUAUUCACGUACUUCACUGGGGUCUUUUAAGAGCUAUUUACUCACAUCUUGAAAUAAACAAAAAUGAUGAGAAAGAAGAAGAAAGUAAUUGAGAACUGUAUAAUAUUAUAGUAUAUCAAGAGUAACUAUUGUGAAUUGAUUCAUUUAUCCUCUACUUUCUCUAAAGGGGCAUGAUAAGGUAUGCCUGAUGAUUCAAGCUAUACAUUGGAAGAAUAAAAUAGCUGUAAUGAACUGUAACGGAAGAAUAUCAAACAAUUACUCAUCAUUAAUCAUAACUGAUUGUAGCUCAUUUUAUGCUAAACAUGGAUAUGAAUUGAAAUUUCUGCAGUUCAUAGAAAAACCAGUGCUUUAUUAAAAUCAUCUUUAUUCCUAAUUAUGUUUUUUAGUUGCUACUACAGCGGAACUUAUUUUCCGAUAACUACCUAAUUUGCAGUGAGCAUUGUUAAUGGUUGUGUUACCAAUGAAUUAAUUUAUGUUACCAGAUAACCAGCAAGUAAGAUGCACUUAUGUCCUGUGUUUGCAGGUAGCGUGUUAAAUAUUCUUGUCUCAUAGCUUCUCUCAGAAUAGUAAGUAAAAUAUAUAUGGAAAUUGUAUUGCUGUGGUAGCUACAAUUGUACUUCUGAAAUUGAAAUUUUAUUGUGAGCCAUAGAUAUCAGUGAGUAGUAAAUAUGCCAGGGAGCAAAAACUAUGUAGAGGCCUCUGCAAGAGGUUGCUUGAUUUUCCAGAAUACAUACUUUAAUGCUGA